GUCGUCUUGACCGCGUUAUGAAGAGCUAGCUGUCAUGGUGGACGAGCCAAAAAAUUUCAGACGAUAAUUUUCUGUCGGAAUUACCGUGCUCUUAAUGAAAUAAAAGAUUACUUCAAAUCCAGUCAAUGGACAGAAUCAAUUCUAUAAUUAUCAGAGCCCGACACGAACGAUUUGCAGUGUUUUCCUUUCUGCACCAGAUGCAAUAAAUGAGAUCAUCAUUGUAUUGAAAUCAGGACCGGUUCUCCUGCCAAACUUUAAAAUGGCCACACCAGACAAACUAAAAACAUUAUUUGAAGAUCUAGGAAAACCAACUUUGAGGGGAGUUCGGAAAUGCCCCAAGUGUGGGACCUACAAUGGUACAAGAGGAAUCAGCUGUAAAAACAAAACGUGUGAUGUAGUUUUCAAAGAAAGAGAGAAAAAGAAAGGACACAGUGCUGAUGCUGUGAAGAUUAUAACUGGUUCCACGGUUCAAGUGUUUUCAGUGAGACUGCGAGAUAGAGGACCAGAUUACAGGGGCUUUGUACAGUUACCGCUGUUUCAAGACAUGGACGGGAAUCCAGCCACCGUGGUGGACCAGGCCCUUGUGUAUCAGGCAGCCAGGUGUUAUGUGGACAGCUGUUCUCGGAACAGUCAGUUAGGAUUUCAGAAUGACUCCUGUCCUCACAUUAGGGCAGCCAUCGAGUGUGAACAGGAAGCUCAGCCAUUGACUCUGAAGAAUUCGGUGCUAAAUGCCUUGCAGGUCCCAAACGAUACGAAGCAGGCUAUUUGGUUGUUGGCUACUGAGACAACAGGACCUCUGGUGCAGAGAGUCACUAAAAACAUUAUGGUGGUCAAAUGUAAAGUUAGUCCAAAGCAACCACUUGGAUUUUUACACUUUGCAUUUUUUGAGACUACAAGGAAUCGGACUCAACCAGAGCAUAAAUUCCAAUGUACUUGCCGUUCUUUUAAGACAAAACCAGGACCGAAAGAGGAUUUGCACAAGAGAUGUGUCCAUUUUUAUGCCUGUAUAUGUGCAUUUGCCAGUGAUGAAAAAUUGCAGGAGGAGUUCGAAUAUUACAUCAACUUGGAUGCAAACUUGACAAUACCCACAGAUAUGCCCUCGCCAGAGCGACAGGUGGUUGCCAUUUUUCAAGACAAUGAGAUUGACAUGUCUGAUCCUACGACUUUGGAGGUUGUUAUAAGUGAUGACAGCAUAGUCCGGCCAGCUAAAAAACUGAAGAAAGACGAAACCAUGGUUCAAGCUAGUAAUGCUUUAUUGACAUUACAAGAGGGAGGUAAUCCAAAUAGUCCAAAGAAGAACAGCCCAGUUAAACAACCACCACAGACCAAAGCAGCUGCAUCUGCUGUCAAAAAACCAGGCACACAGCCUAUAGAUGAAUCGUUAGUGGUGGUGUCUUUUCAUCAGUGGCUGGGCAGUGUUACAGAGAGGAUUAACCAAACUAUGCACUAUCAGUUUGAUGGUUUUCCAGAUCCAUUAGUCUUUCAUGCUCCCCAGGUUUUCUUUGAAUGUCUGCAACAGAGAAUCUCAUCUGGCAGUAAGAAGAAGAGAUUGCCAAACUCCAUCCAAGCCUUUGUCCGUAAAGAUGCGCUGCCUUUGGGCACAUUCACUAAGUACACCUGGCAAAUCACCAACAUCCUGCAUGUCAAGCAGAUUUUUGAUACACCUGAAAUGCCAUUGGAUAUCACUCGCAAUUUUGUGGAAAACCGGGAUGGAACGUUCGAUUUGUACGAAGUGCCAAAAGUUCAAGUGGAGAAUUUGGAUGAACCAUUUAAGGGCAAAAAUCCCCUUCCAAUUCGACCUUUUGAACUGAAAACCUACCUCAAAGUCGGAAACACGUCAGCUGAUCAGAAGGAACCCACCCCUUUCGUUAUUGAGUGGAUUCCUGACAUUUUACCCAAGUCACGGAUUGGAGAGCUGAGAAUCAAGUUUGAGUACGGUCACCAGAGAAACGGACAAAUUGUAGAACAUAGACUUGUGACGCACGAGAUUCCUGUUCAGGCUAUACAUGUACAAGACAUAGGAUAAAUUAAAGACUAUACAUUAUACAUCAAUGUAAACCCUUCUUCCUGUCAGAUUUUUACUUACUGGUUUCAAUAUGCAUGCCUACGUUUGACAAGUUACAUUGUUCCUAUGCUUUCUUCUAUGAAGAUGUUAUUUUAAACAUCA